CACUAUGGCAUCGCACUAUUAUUCUGCCGUAGUAGGUUUUAUAUUUUUGUCGUUGCUGGCGCUUCAAGUCAGCACUUGUGUAUCCCAAACCCAAAUAUAUUCAAACGAAACAACAAUGGCAGCAUCUGCAGUCGCCAAACCACUGUUUGCCUGCAAUUUUGAGGUUUUUGGACGCGUACAAGGUGUUUUCUUCCGCAAGCACACGGAGCGCCAGGCAAACAGUCUGGGCGUAAGAGGUUGGUGCAUGAACACCAGAGAGGGAUCUGUUAAGGGCCAAUUGGAGGCGCCGCUUGCCCAGCUGAACGAAAUGAAACAUUGGCUAGAGACGAAAGGGAGUCCAUCGUCCAUUAUCGACAAGGCAACAUUUACGGCGGCCAAGGAAAUUCCCGACUAUACUUUCAGUGGCUUUUCCAUCAAGCGUUAGAUCCCAAAUCAAGUUGCAAGCUAAACACUUAGUUUAUUUUUGCUAUAUUUAGAGUUCCUUAAACUAUUUAUUGCAAUGUGUGUGCAUGGACCUAAGUAUCCUAUCCUCCAGUAGACACAAUUUCAAAUUGAACAUCAUAUAACGGCCUCUCUCGUCAUCCAGAAGUGCUUCAGCCCUAAGCAGCAGUUUCAGUCAUACGGUUCGAACGAGCGUCUGAAAAAAAACAAUGCAAUUUUAACAAUAUUAUUGUAAAAAAAAACACAAACCAAACUAAAUACAAAUCGAGAGAAGAAGUCA